AUGCCGCCUCUAACUAGCGGGAGUUUUCGGCGCGCAGUGCUCCUGCGGAUCUGCAGCACAAGGCUGUUGGCUGGGCACCGCGGGGCUUCGGACGGUCUGGGUUGCAGGUGGGACACCCCCGCCGGAGCGGAAGAACUGCGGGGAGAGCUGGACAGAUUCGGGGGCGUCUCGGUGCGCCUGGCACGGCUCGGCGCCUUGGACCGCCUGGACGCCGCCUCAUUCCAGAGGCGCUUGCAGGCUGCAAUACAGCAAUGGAGAUCAGAAGGUAGGAUAGCGGUAUGGCUGCACAUUCCCAUCCUCCAAAGCCGAUUUAUUGCCCCUGCUGCUUCCCUGGGUUUCUGCUUUCACCAUGCAGAAUCGGAUUCAUCUACUCUGACACUGUGGCUGGGAGAGGGACCCAGCAGAUUACCAGGAUAUGCUACACAUCAAGUAGGAGUUGCAGGAGCUGUAUUUGAUGAAAAUACUGGAAAAAUAUUGGUUGUACAAGAUCGAAACAAAUUGAAAAAUAUGUGGAAGUUUCCAGGAGGCCUGUCAGAGCCUGGAGAAGAUAUUGGAGACACAGCAGUUCGAGAAGUUUUUGAAGAGACUGGUAUAAGAUCAGAAUUCAGGUCCCUCCUGAGCAUUCGGCAACAGCAUACCAAUCCUGGAGCUUUUGGGAAGUCAGAUAUGUAUAUCAUCUGUCGCUUAAAGCCACAUUCAUUCACCAUAGAUUUUUGCCAGCAUGAAUGCUUAAGGUGUGAAUGGAUGGAUCUCAGUGACCUGGUCAAGACUGAAAAUACAACUCCCAUCACCAGCAGAGUUGCUAGGCUGCUGCUCUAUGGGUACAGAGAAGGGUUUGACAAGAUUGAUUUCACCAUGGAAGAACUUCCGGCAGUUUACACAGGCUUGUUCUAUAAACUCUAUCACAAGGAUCUGCCAGCCAAUUACAGAACUAUGACAGGAAUGGAUUAAAUCCAUAGUUACAUGUUUUUAAAAAUUUUAAGUAAAUUGCACAUGCAGAAUAACGUGUGCCAUACAAUAAAAAGUAGUGGACAUUUGGGGUUAACUAAAUAUCUGACUUUAAUAUUCUAAUGUUUAUAAUUUUCAUAAGAAAACUUGUUUGAUGAAAACAUGCAAAUUUUAAAAGCCUCUUUUCCAAGGAAGCAAAUGUAUGAAAAAGAUUGUAGCACUAAGUAAGCUUCAGUGGAUAAAGGAAAAUGCAAUACAAAAGGUGGAAGUCUA